AUGCACUUCUCACAGCCAUUGGCGAGUGCAGUUGCGCUGCUCUUCGUGCAGAGUGCUGCUGGCGCUGUGAUAUCAAUUGGCAAAGCCAGGAGGAACGAGUCGUCCGUUGUCAAGUACUCGCUGCCGCAGGACUCAAGUGACCCAGCAGCGAGAUCAGCAGAGCUCGACGCGACGCGAGCCGGGUACGAGUAUGGGCCACCCGUAGCUGGCGGGCCUUACUAUCCCUCUGGGGAGCUCGGGGCUGCAAAGGGCGCGGCAGACCUGGCAUCUCUUCAGGCCGAUCUUACACCUCAAGAAGCCUUUGUGGGAAAGGACGCCGCAGCGGCAACUGCUGCAAACGCAGCUGGAAAGUUCAAUGGCUUGAGAACUGUCGAGGACUAUGAGCUGCUGUACGAUGGCGAGUGGACCAACACACUGCCAAAGGGUCCCGUGCCAGGUGUCCUCACCAACUACACCCAGGACUUGCUCUUCUCGAUGGAACGACUAUCGACCAGCCCGUACGCUCUCAGGCGGCUCACCCCAGGAACCGACUGGAUCCCAUUCUGGGUCGACGAAUCGGUGACGCUCAAAGUUGCCGGCUCGCCCCUGUGGGCUCUCUUCCUAGAAGGCCGUCUCUUCUACGCGGACCACUCGGACCAGGCAAACCUCCCCCGAACUGAGAGGUUCGCGGCGGCUUGCGACGCCUUGUUUUUCAUCGACAAAGCCUCGGGGGAUUUCCUGCCCCUGGCCAUCCGGACCGGUGUCGGGCAGAGCACCAUCUACACGCCUGAAGAUGACGCCGCCGACUGGCUCCUGGCAAAGAUCAUGUACAACGCGAACGACUUCUGGUUCGCUCAGUGGAACCACCUUGCUGCCACCCACCAUCCCCUGCAGAUCACCUGGCUUGCGGCCAUCAGAUCGUUGAGUGUGGAGCAUCCUGUCUACGCAUUACUUGAUCGCCUCACGGCCCAGGCUUUUGGUAUUCAGCCGCUCGCGGCGUCCAUCCUGUUCGAACCCGGCGGUGCGGUGGACCAGGUCUUUGGCUUCACAGGCGCGGCGGCGCAGAACUAUACCACUGGCCUUUACAACGGUGGCCACGGUGCCUUCCAGGCCAACUACUUCAAGACCGACCUGGAGAAAAGGGGUCUCAUCAACUCCAAGUCCGGCCCCGCACUUGCCCACUUCCCAUUCUACGAGGACGGCUCCGUGAUAUAUGACGCGAUCAGGACAUUCAUGACGUCCUUCGUAGGGUCAUACUACGCGUCCGACGCCGACGUCAAAGCCGACGUCGAGCUCCAGACGUGGGCAAAGGAGGCCAACGGGCCGGCCAAGGCGCACGACUUCCCCUCGACCAUCGUAACCAGGGAGACCGUCAUCGACAUCCUCACGCACGUGGCCCACCUCGGCUCGACGGCGCACCACGCGGUCAACACCAACGAGCUGCUGUCCCUGUCCUCGACGCUCCCUUUCCACCCGCCCGCGCUCUACUCCUCCGUGCCGACCACGAAAGGUGGUAACCCGGACGUGGCCGCCUUCCUGCCGCCCUUCAGCCAGGUCAUCACGCAGCUCAGCUUCGCCGGCCUGUUCGCGCGGCCGCUGCUGGAGAACACGAACCGCAGCCUCUUGCACAUGUUUGACGACCCGGAGAUGCUUGCCAAGAUGAACCCGACGACAGAGCAGGCGGCGGGCGUGUUCAAGGGCGCCAUGGAGGCGUUCAGCGACCGCGUCGCCGCGCGAGGGUUCGAUGCCCAGGGGUUGAGCCAGGGCAUGCCUUUCGUGUGGCAGGCGCUUGACCCGCGGAUCGCGCCGUACUCGAUCACCGUCUGA